AUGUCGUCUUUCCGUGAUAGCCCUGCUCUUGGUUUGCCCUCGAUGAACUCCUGGAUGGCUACGGAGAACGCCCCACUCUUCAUCUGGGACGAUGACUCGGAGUCCUUCGUUUCCUUGAGUUUGGACUCACCCGAAGGGAACAAGUCCUGGCGAAGCGGCGGGCCUGCAGAUGCCUCUGUGAGCCCGCCUCCUGGGAGCGACUGGGCGGACGAAGUGGAGCAGGAGCUCUUCGCAGACGGGAAGUCCGUUGCCCUGUUCAAGGCGCCGACCAAGACGGGGGCCGAACAAGACAGCGGCGCGAGUACCAAGGGCAAGACCGAGUCACCCGAACAGAUUCGGGCGGAGAUCGACGCCUUAGCCACCCCCAUCCAGAGAUACUGCGACACCGUGGUCGAGGAGGAGAGCGACUUCGAAGACGAGGAUGACCCCAAGAACCGGCUCGAACUUCCAAAGAGCCCGAGUAACCGGAACGACGGCGAGCCGAGGUUGAAGACACCCGUCGUGACGGAUCCUCUAGUGGACACAGGGUUCGGCGUGCAAGACCUAGGCUAUCCCCUCUACGCGCACACCUGUCCAACGGUUGCGUUGUUGGAAACUGUGGCGCGGGGCGACGAUGUGGCCGGCCAACCGCUCGUCGACACGGAGGGCCUUGACGGUGGAUUUGUUGUGGUCGACAUCGCGGGGACGUGCGUCACGCCGGAGGGGGUGGAGGUCGGGAAGCACAAAGACCUGUUGAAGCGCUGGACAAGGGCGAUGAAACGGGGAUUCAGCAGCAGCUCCAUCUCUUUCAACACCAAGGGCCCAAGCAAAUACCAGCUUUCAAACUCCAACUAUGCCAAGCACGAUGCGCAGUUCCAUUCCGUUGUACACGUCACUGUGAUCCAUUCUGUCGAGAGAGUAGCGCGAUGA